AUGGCCACGUUCCGGCGGUUUCGGCCCGACGACGUCAACAAGUUCUCCAAAUGCAAUCUCGAUCCAUUGACAGAGACGUACGAGCUCGGCUUCUACCUCCAGUACUACGCCAAGUGGCCGUCGCUCUUCCAGGUCUGCGAGGAUGUAGACGGAAACAUCAUCGGGUACAUCAUGGGCAAGGUCGAAUCGUCCCCCGAUGCGUAUAAGUACUCCGAGCACUACCUUCCGUGGCAUGCUCACAUUACGGCACUGACGGUGGCCCCUGAGGCUCGCCGCUUAGGCAUCGGCAAGAUCCUGACCAAGCGGCUGGAGGCGGCCGCCGACGCCAAUGACGCUUGGUUUGUGGACCUCUUUGUUCGCAGCAGCAACCACAGGGCCAUCACAUUCUACAAGAACCUCGGCUACAGCGUCUUUCGUGUUAUCAAGGACUACUACGGAGACCACGCCGCGGACCCUCACAAGACCAGCGAGGAUGCCUUUGACAUGCGAAAGGCAAUGAGGCGAGACGAGCACAAGCAGCAUGUCCGGGCCGACGGCGAGAACCACUUGGUUGAUUCAGAGGACGUCUGGUAG